CAAGGAUGUCGAAUGGUUAUAGACGCACUUUACCUGCUCAGCGAGGUCAUUUGCAUGGCAACCACAUCAAGUUUGCUAUCAGAGAGCUACGAUACUUCAGCGUCUGUAGCUGCUGUUAAGGAAAGCAUUGUUGCUGUAAUGUUAAAGGCUAAAGAAUGCUCAUGCUGAUAAUACAGAUCAAAGGCAUGCCUCUCAAGAAGCUAACAGGAACUCCUCAACCAGAAGAACCCAGCAAACCAUCAAGUAACAGAACACUUGCUCUGACGGUGUGCUGUGCUGCCAUUGGAGGCACUUUCCAAUAUGGAUACAAUAUUUCAAUUGUCAACGCUCCAACCAGGCACAUCCAGGCUUUCAUCAAUGAUACCUACACAGCACGCUACGGCACAGGCUUGGAACCUGCCCAUGUGACUCUGAUGUGGACUCUUAUCAUAUCAGCGUUCCCGCUGGGAGGUCUGCUUGGGGCCCUGCUAGCGGGCAUCAUGGCUGUCCACUUUGGGAGGAAGAAGUCUCUGCUUUUGAACAACGUGUUUCUGAUUGUAGCUGGAGUUUUAGUUCUUCUGUGCAGGGUUGCAAAAUCAUUUGAGAUGAUCAUCUUCGCCAGGUUCCUUGUGGGGAUUAAUUCAGGUGUGAGUAUGAAUGUCCAGCCUAUGUACUUUGGAGAAAGCGCCCCCAAACACCUCAGAGGAGCUGUGGCUUUUUCCUCCGCUGUUUUCACCGCUUUUGGGAUUUUCUUAGGCCAAGUUGUGGGACUGACCGAGGUAUUGGGCGCAGAACAUCUCUGGCCUUACUUACUAGCCAGCAACAUGCUUCCAGGCGUGAUCCAGAUGCUGACGCUACCCUGGUUCCCGGAAAGCCCCAAAUAUCUGCUCAUUGACCGUGGAGACACAGUAGCAUGCGUUCAGGCCCUUGAAAGAUUCCGUGGUGGUGUGGCGCCAGUUGUGGAAAUACAGGAAAUGCUUGAAGAACGGAAGAGACAAUCAAAUGCAGGGUCUGCAUCUUCUGCUAAGACACCGUGGUCCCUUUUUAAGGAUCCUGACCUGCGAUCCCAACUCAGAACGGUCAUGGUGGCCAGUAGUUCCAUGAUGCUUUGUGGCAAUGACUCCAUCUACUUCUAUGCGUCUUACAUCUUUGCCGAGGCAGGCAUCCCUAUGGACAAAAUCCAGUACGCAACCAUUGGAACAGGAGCAUCUGAACUGACUGCUGCUAUACUGAGCAACCUCCUGAUUGAACGAGUGGGUCGGAAGGGUCUUCUCGUCGGAGGAUACACUCUUAUGUCAUGCUGGAGUGUCGUCUUCACUGUCGCCCUCACGCUGCAAAGACGAGGAGUGGGAGGGAUGUCCUACCUCAGCAUGGUAUGCGUGUUCGCCUACAUCCUUAGCUUUGGUUUGGGCCCUGCAGGUGUGACAGGUGUCCUACCAGCAGAGAUCUUUGACCAGUCAGCCCGACCUGCGGCAUACAUGGUCGCCGGAUCGCUAAUGUGGCUCAGUCUGUUCCUGCUGGGAAUGUUGUUUCCAUUUAUCGUCAGCAGUUUUGGAAGCCUUUGCUUCCUGCCGUUCUUGGUUGUGUGUUUGUUGUCAGCUGUGUUUUUGGGGGUCACGUUCCCAGAGACAAAAGGCAAGAGCUUUGUGGAGAUUAAGGCAGCGUUUGAUAGACGGAAUGGAAAGAAGGAGGAGCGGUCUAUGAAGGAUCACAACCAGAUGGGUGAGGCCAGCUCCUUCUCGACCUUAGCAGAAGAUCUGGACAAUGAUAACAUUCCCUGAAAUCAGGGUGAUUUGAUGUACGUAUUUAAGGGAUAUUUAAGUCCAAUGGUAUAUUAUCUUAAAGUCUAUGCAUACAAGUGCUUGCUGUAUUUCAACCAAACUGGUCGUUAGCUUUGUGACCUCAUCAGGAAUGUCUAAUCAAGAGAUCCUAUUUUUAAUGUAUUAAUAUAAAAUAUAUUAUAUAGAAAUAUUGUAGUCUCACCUGACUGAUGAAUUACAUUCAUUCAUUCAUUCAUUUUCUACCGCCUAUCCUCAUGAGCAUUGCUGGAGCCUAUCCCAGCUGGACUGGUCGCCAGCCAAUCACAAUGCACAUAUAGACAAACAACCAUUCACACUCACAUUCAUACCUAUGGACAUUUUGGAGUCGCCAAUUAACCUAGCAUGUUUUUGGAAUGUGGGAGGAAACCGGAGUACCCGGAGAAAACCCACGCAUGCACGGGGAGAACAUGCAAACUCCACACAGAGAUGGCCGAGGGUGGAAUUGAACUCGUGUCUCCUAACUGUGUGGCCCUGAUGAAUUACAUCUACCUGGAAUAUAAAAGAAGGCAAUAUUGCAUGUUUUGAAGGAUUGCUUGCCAAAUGUCUCAGUACUAUAUAUUGUUUUACUGCUGUGUAAACAGACUACUGUAUAUUGAGCACCUUCCCAUGAAGUUUAAAAGUGUCCACUUUCACCUUUUGUGCUUUUUAUCCUCUAUAUUAUUUAUGAAUCAUUUUUGUGCAUUUGGAUUAUAUUUGUCAGACCAUGUGCAGGUAGACAUGUUUCUUAUCUUUUAGCUUGAAUACCAAAAGUCAUGCUGGAUUACUGUGCAACCAAAUACACUUUAUAGAUGCAAUUUAAAAAAAUAGCCACUAGAUGUCCCUGUUGCGUUGUCUUUUGCUGAGUAAUCAAACACCAAUUUCACAAUUGAAUUCAAUACUGCUGUCUUUUUGAGGCCUACUGUAUGCUGCACUUUCUGUAUAUUCCUUGAAUGAUUCAAGGACUUUAUCAUUCAAAAUGCAACAUUAGAACUCGCAUUUUUGCAUCACAUGCAUGACACGUCUUUCCAAAGAGUGUAUUGUAUGACAAUUAUUAUGUUUUUUUUUUAACCAGGAUCCAAAGGUUAUAUUUAUU